AUGGCCAACGCUGAACAGAAUGUUACUGUGCAGUCCCCCGAGAGCACAAUGGCGCAGCCAACUAUGAGAAAACCGCUUGGAAACCGCUCGAAGGAGGUUGAUAGGCGGAGCUUGGACUAUCUCCUUCGGAGCGGGCUGGCCGGAGGUUUGGCAGGGUGCGCGGCAAAAACCGUUGUCGGCCCUCUCGAUAGAGUAAAAAUUCUUUUCCAGGCUUCAAACCCACAGUUUGCAAAAUAUUCCACUAGUUGGUUUGGCCUCGCCUCGGCGAUUAAAACGAUAAACCAACAAGAAGGAAUACGGGGCCUUUUCAAGGGCCAUUCCGCUACACUUCUGCGCAUUUUCCCCUACGCUGCUAUUAAGUUUCUAGCAUACGAACAGAUUCGUGCCAUCAUAAUUCCUACAAAACAACAUGAAACUCCUUUCCGUCGAUUAAUAAGCGGCAGUUUAGCGGGCAUGUCUUCUGUAUUUUGCACAUACCCCUUAGAACUUAUUCGUGUGCGGUUGGCGUUUGAAACAAAGCACCAUUCCAAGUCGUCCUUGAGAAGAAUUUGCUCUCAGAUAUACCGCGAAAAUAGCGGAGCACCAUCUUCCUCGUUAAAAACGGCAGCAGAAUCAUCUGCCGCAUCGACAGCUGCCUCGGCCCUAAAACACCACGCCCCUUCGAAAGGCAGCAUAUCGAAUUUCUACCGUGGCUUUACUCCCACCCUCAUGGGGAUGUUGCCCUACGCCGGGAUGUCGUUUUUGACUCACGACACUAUUGGCGAUUGGCUGCGCUCCCCCAGCCUCGCGCCGUACACCACUAUUCCCAAUUCAGAGCGGCCCACUGAAUCCGGCCACCAGCAAUCUCGGUCGCACCGCGUCCAGCUCAAGGCUUCCGCAGAAUUAUUCUCCGGUGCUUUAUCCGGCGUUGUUUCUCAAACUUCGUCGUACCCCCUGGAAGUCAUACGGCGAAGAAUGCAGGUUGCCGGAGCCGUAGGAGACGGCCGCCGCAUGACAAUUUUGGAAACAGCGAAAGUGAUCGCUAGAGAAAAGGGCUUCAGAGGAUUCUUUGUUGGAUUGACUAUUGGGUAUAUGAAGGUGAUUCCGAUGGUGGCCACUAGUUUCUUUGUUUAUGAGAGAGGAAAGUGGUGGCUAGGUAUAUGA